AAUCAGACCAAUAUCAACCUCUCAAGAAUCAGACCAAUAUCAACCUCUCAAGAAUCAGACCAAUAUCAACCUCUCAAGAAUCAGACCAAUAUCAACCUCUCAAGAAUCAGACCAAUAUCAACCUCUCAAGAAUCAGACCAAUAUCAACCUCUCAAGAAUCAGACCAAUAUCAACCUCUCAAGAACCAGACCAAUAUCAACCUCUCAAGAAUCAGACCAAUAUCAACUUCUCAAGAAUCAGACUAAUAUCAACCUCUCAAGAAUCAGACCAAUAUCAACCUCUCAAGAAUCAGACCAAUAUCAACCUCUCAAGAACCAGACCAAUAUCAACUUCUCAAGAAUCAGACUAAUAUCAACCUCUCAAGAAUCAGACCAAUAUCAAGUUGUGCAUCUCCAGACCAAUAUCAACCUCUCAAGAACCAGACCAAUAUCAACCUCUCAAGAAUCAGACCAAUAUCAACCUCUCAAGAAUCAGACCAAUAUCAACCUCUCAAGAAUCAGACCAAUAUCAACCUAUCAAGAAUCAGACCAAUAUCAACCUCUCAAGAACCAGACCAAUAUCAACCUCUCAAGAAUCAGACCAAUAUCAACCUCUCAAGAAUCAGAUCAAUAUCAACCUCUCAAGAAUCAGAUCAAUAUCAACCUCUCAAGAAUCAGAUCAAUAUCAACCUCUCAAGAAUCAGAUCAAUAUCAACCUCUCAAGAAUCAGACCAAUAUCAACCUCUCAAGAAUCAGAUCAAUAUCAACCUCUCAAGAGUCGUCAAAAUCUGUCAAGAAUUGUGCCUUCUAG